UCCCCCUGGAGGCCCAGUUGAAGACACAGGAAAAAUAAAAUAUUAAAUCACUCACACAGUUUGGCAUUUGUACCAUCAAUGGAACUAAUUCGAAGUUUAUUUGGACAGUGUUUGCCCUGUCUCCCGGACAUGUCGCUGUCAAGCGUGUCCAUCAAUGGGAACAAGUACAAGAUUCUUCGUCUUCUAGGUGAAGGAGGGUUCUCGUACGUGUACCUUGUGUCCAAGGGAACCAACUCACAAUUUGCAUUGAAAAAAAUUAGAUGUCCUUUUGGCGGUAAUGAUGAGGCCUUCAAAAACGCAUUGAAGGAAAUCCGCAAUUACCAUCGGUUUGCCACGGCAAAGACGCCCUUCAUCAUUCAAUCUAUCGAUGAAAGUGUCAUUGAUGAGCCUGAUGGAUCGAAGACAAUCUAUAUAAUCCUUCCCUAUUUUGAACAAUCGCUUCAAGACGUCAUUAAUGCCAACGUGUUGAACAACCACUCUAUGCCGGAGCCCGACGUGUUACGGGUGUUUAUCGGUGUAUGUAGAGGGCUUCAGGCCAUGCACAAAUAUAAGGUGUAUGGACGCAAUGUAGAGGACGAGGAAGAUGAUCUUUUGUUGCCCGGUAGUGACGAGGAAGAGGAAGAAGCCACCACUGAAAUGCUGGAAUUGAAACCUUUUGCCCAUAGAGACCUUAAGCCAGCAAAUGUCAUGCUUUCAGCGGAAGGAUUACCAGUGUUGGUUGAUUUGGGAUCUUGUUCAAAAGCUCGAGUUUCAGUUAAAAACCGUCAACAAGCGUUAUCACUCACAGAUUACGCACAAGAACAUUGCACUCUUCCCUACAGAGCGCCAGAACUCUUGGAUGUAGCCACCAAUGCAGAGAUCACAGAAAAGACCGAUGUUUGGUCUCUUGGAUGUGUGUUGUAUGCCUGUUGCUUUGGGUUUUCUCCGUUUGAAAAACUUGAACUUGACCAAGGUGCAUCUCUCAAUUUGGCCAUUUCACAAGGUAGGUACAUCAUUCCUUCUACCCACCAAUACUCGGAAGGCAUCAUUGAUUUGAUAGAGAAAUGUCUUCAACUUGAAAGCUCAAUCAGACCCACGGUGGACGAAUUACUCGAGCAAGCACUUGAGAUACAGCGUCAGUAGGAAUAUGAGAAAUGAGAUAAAGAC